ACGUUAUCAAUGAAACGAUAGUGGCGAUAGUACUAAAACUAUCGAUAGUUAUUUCAAGUGACCAGCCUAUCGAUAGUAUCGUCUAUAGUUCGACAGCUCUAUUUGACACUUUUGACUGGUUUUAUUUUUUUAUUUGGCCGAUGUGUUUUUAGAGUAAAUAUUUGGAAGAUUCCCUGGACAAUAAGCAGUUAAAGGAAAAUUAUCAACUGAAUGCCAACCAUGGAAAUUAGCAUUAAGUGGAACGUUUGUCGUGUCUGUUUAGCAGAGGAGCAACAACAUCAUCCAAAAUAUAUUCUGAUUGAUAGCAAAAUGGCCAAACAAAUUUAUGAUAUUGCUGGCGUACAGAUGAAUAACAGCGACAAUCUACCUGACAAGAUUUGCCGUAAAUGUGUGCUACUGCUAAAAUAUGCAUGCCACUUUAGUCAAACAUGCCGCAGCUCAGAAGAAUAUUUGCAGUCAGUUAUUCAAAAAACAAAAUCGGCUACGUCUAUGUUAAAAAUGGAUAAACGGAGAGAACAUUCAGUGGAAUUACUUGAAGAGAUUUUUAAGGAAGAUGCUGAAUUGAUAUCUGCAAAUAAAGACGAAGCGCUACACGAUUCAACAAUGGACGACGAUUUAAAAAUUAAUAAGGAUAAAUUGAUAAAUUCACCAGUACUUGCUGAGAAAAUUGGAGAUGGCGGAGAUGAUAAAGAAAUAUGUCCAACUAAAUUAAUGAGAGCUAUUCCGAGAACAACCACAGCUUUUAAUAUGCAGCAAUCUCAAAGAACACAACAUGUUAAAACGACCACAAAAUUCUUCGUGAUGAAGGAUAAUGAUAAAGUAGGCGGAGCAACAUUUAAUAAUAAGUUAAAUAAAAUUAACAGAGAUGUGGAAAAUUUCGAACACGAAUUCUCAUAUGACGAUCAUGAAGAAAAUGAAUUAGAUGGGUUCGAUGACAGCAAAACAAAUAAUAAAGAAGAGGCUUUACUUGUAAGUAAAUCCAACUCAGAAUGUAGCAUGGAUAUGGAUUAUAUUAAUGACGACGCCCAAAAACAAGAAGAUACCAACGAAUGCAGUUUAAACAAUGAAGAAGAUAGCAAUGUUAAUGAAACAGAUAAUACACUUGGUGUAGAAAAAAACACGGAAAACGAGAAAAUAUUACCCAACAGUGACGACGAACAGGAGCAAGAAACCGAUGAACUAUUUUACAUAAUCGAAGAACCCGUAAUUAAGGAAGAAGAUUCUAUAAUUCAACAAAAUGUACAUGUUGAAGCCGAUGUUGAAGUUGAACCGAAUUUAGACGUUGAAGAAAAUGCAGAUGCAGAAUCGGAGUCUACCAUGCAGCUUAUUGAGGAUUUAACUGAAGCCGAUGGUUGCGAUGAAGGAGAAGAACCUGGUUAUGAAAGGUCUGAAACCAACAGAUCAGUGGUACAGAUGGAGGAGUAUCUGAUAGAUGAAAGUGAUAUAGGAUCAGUUGCUCAGCAAGAAUUAGAAUCAAGUGAGCAGCUCGCCUCGAACCGACCCAGUACAGCGACUAUUAAAAUUAGGGAUCGAGAACAACGCAGCUCGCCGCAUAUUCGCAGAAAAGCGAAUUUUUCUUUAAUGUUUUCCUGUGACGUUUGCGGUAAUCAUUUCACCAACCGUAGCUUGAGAAAUUAUCAUAUGCGUAUACACCGUCAAGAAAAAAAUUUCGAAUGCGAAUUGUGUUUUAAGCGCUUUACGGCGGCAUGUAACUUGACAGCGCACAUGCGCAUACACACAGGAGAAAAACCCUACGAAUGUCAAUACUGCUUCCGGAGGUUUACAGAUCGUAGCACGCACGUGAAACAUGAACGGGUACACACAAAUGAAAAACCU